CUGGUUGAAGACUCUCCGAAUAAGAAUAGAUUGGCUUUCCAUAUUCGAGGAUGUCUGUUCCGAUUCCUUAUUUCGUUUUGUGCAAGUCUCAUCAGAUUUAUUUGCAAUGUUAAACUCAACUCAAAAUUGGAAAUUGAACGUUUUGUUUUCGAUGAUUUCGAAUUUGGCGCAAAUGUGAUUGGUCCACUGGAUAAACCAGUAAAAUCUGAACCUGCUCCAAGUUUGACCACAAAAUCCGAGCCAAAGACUAGCGAGCCUGGUAAUGUCGAAGUGACAGAUGUAAGAAGAAUCAAAAAACAAUUUCCCAUUUCAUAUAAUUUUUGUAGGAAGAACUUGAAGCUGCUCGAUCACUUCGUCCACCAUCAACAACAACAACUUCUUCUUAUUUAAACAAUUGUCCAGCGACUCCGAUGUUUCGCGAAUUUUGGGAAAGAGCUAAAGUUGAUGAUAGGUUAUCGGAUAAAUGGAAGGAAACCAUUCGAAAUAUUCUGAUUUCCAACAAACAGCUCGCAGUUGAUAGGGAUAAAGCUGAACAACAAUAUGAAGUUGCAAGAAAUGUAUAG